AUGAGGCCGUCAUCCGCCCUCCUCCUCUCGUCAGCCCUGCUAUACCAGCAGACCACGGCGCUGACGAUACCUAUAAUACCGUCGAUACAAACAACACCAACACCACCGCAAAAGAUCAAGGGGAACCCCUACCGCGACAGGGACCUCUCGAGUCUUCUUUCCGGCUCCUUCGAGGUCCUCGACCGCGUGCCGGGCCUGGUGGACAAAGUCGUCAACACGACGCUGCUCGUCGUGCGCGCGCUCCGCGAGACGGUGGCCGAGAACGGCAUCACGCAAAACGACCUCGACACGGCCCUCGGCAUCAACGGCACUACGGGCAUGCCGCUAACGCUCCCGGGGAACACCACCCGCGCCGUGACGUGUCCGGACGUUGCCGUCCUCUUCGCCCGGGGGACCAACGAGCCUGGCAACGUGGGCUUCCUCACCGGCCCCCCCUUCUUCGACGCCCUCCGCACUUACAUGAACGGCACAGGCUCCAUCGCAAUCCAGGGCGUAAACUCCUACCCGGCCGAUCCACCCGGCUUCUUCGCAGGCGGCUCCGCCACGGGCGCCGCCUUCGCCGCGCAGGUCGCCUCCCGCACGAUCUCCGCCUGCCCAGACACCCGCCUCACGGUGUCGGGGUACAGCCAGGGCUCGCAGGUGGCCCGCCUCGCCGUGGCGCAGAUGCCGCCCGACCAGCGCGCGCGGCUCUCGAGCGUCGUGCUGUUUGGCGACCCGUUGGGCGGGAAGCCGAUUGACGGCGUCGAUCCGACCAAAUUGCUCGUCCCUGGACGCGCCGACGGCCGCGCUGUUUGUGAUGCAGAGGAGUAA